CGUCCACGAACUACAACUCCCAUGAUCCCCUCUGCUCUUCUAGAAUUUGGAAGAGUCUUCUUGCGCGACUCGUUCCCUCCCCAGAAUAGUUCGUUCAGACGCUCACAUCAUCUGAACCCGGCCCUCGAGCCUGUCUCGCCUGCAGCUGAGAGCUGUGAACCGGGCUUUCUGGCGGCCAUGUAUUCGUUUUCAGGCCCCACCAGCCUCCCUGAGUUUGACCUCGGACCCCCAAGCACGUCCGAUCACCUGCAGAGAGCAUCAGCCUCUAACAACAGCUGGGAGACGCGAUGCCUCAGGAAGCACAGGAGGAGAGUGGAUGAUGAGGGAUGCAGUGCCAAAAAGAGAAGGCUAAUGGCGGAGGCUGAAGUGGACAUUGUAGAGGAUUCAAACCGGAGCGCUCGCUGUGACUGGCCCACAGCAAACAGCUGCCCGCCCCUGUCUGAGGAGCGAGCACCUCCAGGGCCCUGCACGGAGCCUGAGCCGCGGACCCCGCCCUCACAUCCCUCCUCUGCCCUGUCCCGACCGGAGGCCGAGAGCUCCUGCAUGGAGGUAGAGGCCGCUCAGAGGAAGCUUCAAGAGAUCGAAGACAGAAUAACGCUGGAAGACGAUGACGAGGAUCUGGACGUAGAGCCUGCCCCAAGACGACCAGUGCUGGUGAUGUCAGACAGUUUAAAAAAGGACCUGCAGCGCGGCAUCAGCGACAUCCUCCCCCACCAAGUAGCCCAGUCUGUGAGCCAUUCCUGCAUGGAGCUGGUGCUGUGGCGUCCUCCGGACGACCCCUUUUGUCGGAGGCUAAAAGGCUCUUUACAAAAACAGCGUAAACAACAGACAGUAUCCAGGCAACCCACAACUCCGUCUCCUGUGCCUCACAGUCCUCUGAGCCCCCCCAGUGCCCCUGCAGACUCACACUCUCUUAUGUACAGCUUUCCUGUGACCCACAGCUCUGGAGAGGAGGACAUGGAAAUGUAAUUCUGUUUAAUGACUUUAAAAGCCACACCAAAGUAAAAGAGGGGACUUGUAGUAACACAAAAGACAUAAAGGACCCACAACCACUUUGAGUUGGUCACUUUGGCAAAGUAUGUUGGGCUUUACAUGAAUAUUGUGCUGUUUUGGACAGUUUGUGCAACACGUACAGUAUUGUCAUUUUCAGUAUCAUGACAUAUUUUCAGUUUUCUGAUUAGAAUCCCAGCCAAUCAUAUGUAACAUGUAAGAAUAGCACUUACCUAAUGUAUUGGUUAAUGUAUAUCUCUGAUGUAAUUUCGGUCAAGUCCCAAUGACAGCCUUACAUGAUCAGUUUCUUAUUACUGGGAGAAUUGCCUUUGCCCUUACAAAUGAGAUCAUUUGUAUAGGAGGUUGCCAAAGCUUGGCCAUUGUUCACUGGUGUAUUAUAAGUAUGAGUUUGUUCUGUGUGACACAUCUGUGUGCAGCACCUGAAUUUGUACAGUUUUUACAUUCAGCUCGUGGGCUUUAUUAACGGGACACUCAAAUGUUUUGUCGUGAGCUCGCUGCAUGGCUUGCACUUGUACUUGUGGUAGAAAGAUGAUCUUCCUACAGUGUUUAGCGAGUACGCUUUCUGUGAGCCUCCCGAGUUUUGUAAAGAAGUCGUGGAAAUGCACCUUUUUAUGAUUCUGUUGUAUUUUCCAAUAUGGGUUACAGGAAUUGCAGCUGGCCAUUAAGUAUUAUCACUUUAUAUUUGUUUAUAUUAAAUGAACUUGAAUUGUCA